GCACAGGGCGAUGGAGCCUCCGCACGAGGCGAAGAAUAUGGAGCACGAAAUGUGCAAAGACGGGACAAGACAAUGUGAGAAGGGUAUCUGCUCCCAGUCCCGCCAGUAAACGAACGUCAGCAACCACAGAGCCAUUGAUAAUCUCCUGCUUCGUGCGAGGCACACAUGAGGCGCAGCGCCGUGCUGCACUGCGCUAAUUGCCCUUUUGGGUGGGAAUGUCGCCGCGUUGCUUACCGAGACGGGUGGCGAGUGCCUGUAGCUCAAAUCCCGUCACAGGCGACAGAUGAUGUCCGAGCUCUGUGCUAUCGCCUGGCGGACCUACUGUCAAGAGGCCGGUCGAUCCAGCGUCGUGCUUUCUCGUCAGAAGGAGACCCGAGGCCGUGCGCGCGUGCCGCAGCUUUCUUUGGUGGUGGCACCGAACCCCCUCGUGGCUGAAAGAUUAUACGAUCGGGAGCGAGAGCAGCCGCGAUCCGGGAGAGACGCUCUCAGGACCUCGUGGGUGAGACCGACAACACACCACAGGCCUGCGGUGGUGGUGACUGGACGGGUGUCGGGUCCAGGGCAGCAACUGAUUGGACCUGUCCCGGGCUGUGCGAUCCGAUUCCUCCUCAGAUAUAGUACGGGACCGGUGUGGCGAGCCCAGAGAUCGAGGGACGGCAAAGAAGCAGUGUGGGCUGUCGGGCUGCUGGCGUCUGGCGUCUGGCGUGCGCACUCUCUUUUGUCGUCGUGACCCUCCUCGGCGUCGUUGGGCUUUUGUUGACGUUACUCUCGAUGCCUUUCGCGAUCACCACGGAGCAAAUCCAAGAUGGCACUGUUGGAAUCACAGAAUGGCUCGUGCCCAAAAUGCUGCUGGACAGGGAUUAUCGUGGUCGCAGCCGUUGCAAGCCAAAAGCAAGUGACACAGGUAUCAGAACGAAUUCCAGUGCUGGGCGCCAGGGCUGUGCUAAGCAAAUGGUUGAGAAGGCUCUGCCGGAGACGUAGCCAGGUUUUCCCUCUAUUUUUGUUGUCGUCUUUGUACUUUCGUGAGAGGUAGUGGUGGUUGCCUUUUUUUUUCCUAUUCUUUUUCAUUACGUGCUUUUUUUUUCCUGCAGCUAAAUUUCUUCCCAAAGAAGCUAUCCGGCGGAAGGAGCGGACGACCGCCGAUCAUAAGGGCCGUGCACGCA